UAUUUCUUUAAGUAGCAUCACGGUUGCUAGGAUACUCUAGAUCUUUUUUUUUUUAACAGAAGUAACAGUAUUCACCUCAUCAAGCUUGUGUUUUCAUCACUAAAGCCAAAAUGAGUCUACCUCAAGAUGACGAAUGGGAGACUGUCCCCAGGAGGAAUCUGAACAAAAUUGUCCCUGAUGAAAACCAGUUUGCUAAUCUGGCCUACAGUGAAAUUCAGGACCGAAUAAAAUGGGCAACAUUAUUCCAGAAAAAUAGGCAAACUGAGGAAAAUCAUGAUGUCAAAAUAAAAGUGGGGUAUUUAAAAUACCAAAAGAGUUUCUCUGUCACGGCGAAUGACAAUAAGGCAGUUGUGUCACUCAAAGUAAGCAACUGGGGACACCACUCUGUUUAUUUCUCCUUUGAGACUUCAGAAUUUUGGAAAAGCCUUUUUACUUUCAAAGACCACCGGGGAAAAACUUUUGGGACUCUAGAGAGACAUUGUGUUAAUGCAGGAAAAAUCUUCACAAUUAAUGUUCAUUUUGACUCUGAACACACUGGUUUCUAUGAGGUCGUUUUCCUCUUUACAUUUCAAACAAAAGAGAAGCCCAAAGAACAGUUUAAGAUGAUACGCCUUAUAGAUGUCACACGUAGUACAUACAAAUACAUGCAACUCCAGCUCCCUCAGGAUCCCAAAUCCUCUGAAGAAGUUCCCCAGACUUCAAAAACGGUUCCUGCUAAAAGUGAAAAUAUGAAUGCUCUUAAAAAUGUGGUGGUUCUUCAGGAAUUUUGGCUCCCCAGGGAGGAAGGUGCACUUGAGAAAGCGGCGAGGGAGCUUGAACAGAAACCGCUGAACUCAGAAAACUACGCCAGGAGAUUCCACAUGCUGCUCCAUCUCGAGGAGCUUCAUCUCCAAGAAAGUCUGGAUAAGUACAACCAGGAAAACGUGCUUGUGACAGCUCACAAAAGCAACUCAGAGACCUUCACUCUGAAGAUUACAGGUCCCUCUUACAACUCGUCGGUGGUGCUUUCUUGUUGUUUUGUGACCCUUGUCCCUUCAGAUGUUGACAAUAAAGUCUACGAGGGCAUUGUUCAUGACAUACGUGAGGACCGGAUAUUCAUAAAAUUCCUCAAUGAGGUCCCUGACCGUGGAGUGCUCAGGUGCGGUGUUACGUUCAAACUCAACCGCAUGUGCCUGCGCAUGCAGCACAGAGCGGCAGCAAUGGCAGCAGAGAGGGGACCAAUGGACCUGCUUUUCCCAACCAGAAGGCUCCCACGCCUUCUAGCACUGAACAGGCCACCAAGAUUUGAAUUCAACCCGGAGCAGCAGAAAGCUGUCACACACAUUCUCAGACGCACUGCAAAGCCAGCCGCUUACUUGCUGUGUGGUCCGCCUGGCACAGGCAAAACCUUGACUUUAGUAAAAGCCAUCAUGGAAAUCGUAAAAGCACAAGACAUCAACAUCCUGGUCUGCGCGCCGUCCAACAGUGCAAGUGAUGACAUCUGUGAGAAGAUUCUGAAGGGAUUGGUAGACACGGACAAAGUGUAUCGUUUGUACCCCUUGCUCCACUCCAUCGCUAAAAUCCCUGAAAUUUUAAAGAAGAACUGCAACCUAGACCAAAAAAAAGGCACCAUUAAAAUCCCCAACAAAAAAAGCAUCAUGAGUCGCAAGAUCUUGGUCACCACCCUGCAAACUGCUGGAAGGCUUGUGACAGGCGGGAUCCCUCCAAAGCACUACACUUACAUCUUUGUGGACGAGGCAGGCCAAGCUACAGAGACAGAGAGUAUGAUUCCAAUAGCAGGUUUAUGUGACCGCAGCACGUGCCAGGUUGUGUUGGCUGGAGACCCAAAACAGCUGGGCCCAGUUGUUAUAUCGAAGACUGCAGAGUACCAUGGACUGGGGGUGUCCUUGUUGGAGAGGCUGAUGAGGGACAACGAUCUGUACAAACCUCAUGAGGAUUUUGGGUUUGAUAGCAACUUCAUCACCAAACUGCUGAAGAACUAUAGAUCCCAUCCUGCCAUUCUCAAAGUUCCUAACGACCUGUUUUAUGGUGGAGAGCUCCAGCCGUGUGCUCGUCUUAGCAAGUUAUACAAUCAAUUGGAGCUUCUGCCCAAGGAGGGUUUCCCGGUGGUCUUCCAUGGCGUGGCCGGCAUCAGCCAACAGGAAAAGGGCUUCUCUUCUUUUUACAACAUGGCAGAGAUUGAAGUCAUAAAGGAAUACCUAAAAUCCCUGAUCCAACACCUCCACCGGAAUAAUGUGAGCCAUGUUCCACCAGGAGAAAUCGGCAUCAUCUCUCCAUACAGGAAACAAGUGGAGAAAAUCCAAAAGGCCAUUCAAUGGGAUGCAGACCUCAGCAAAGAAAAUUUGGAAAAUGUAGAAGUUGGGACAGUGGAUAAAUUUCAGGGUAAAGAGUUCAGCGUGAUUCUGAUGUCAACAGUGCGCUGCUUUCCCAAACUGAAGCACAAGCAGAACUUUAUCCUGGGCUUUAUCAGAGAUGACAGGAGGUUUAACGUGGCGAUGACCCGUGCCCGCUCCCUUCUGGUUGUGGUGGGAGACCCACGACUCCUGGCAACUGAUAAGAACUGGAACACGUUUAUCCACUACUGUUUAAAAGCGGGAGCAUACCGUGGCUUUACUCUCUUUGAUAGAGGCCUAACUCAAGACACGCCCACUGUCGCAGACGCACCAACACUCAGCACUGCAUGACGCUCCAACUGCUGGGUUUCAAUGGAGAAAUCAACACAACUGCCAAGGAAUAAAACAGGAAAAUAAAACAAAAAAAA